AUGGCGACGGCGUCUGCAACCUCGGCUUCGGAACCGGAGGCCGAGCCCAAGUCCGGGCCCAAGGCUGAGGGAGAGGAGGAUGAAGUUAAGGCGGCUCGGACGAGGAGGAAGGUGUUGUCGCGAGCUGUGGCCGCUGCGACGUACAAGACCAUUGGGCCAGAGUGGGAUCAGCAGGAGGAAGGCGUGAGCGACAGCGAUGGGGGUGAGGAGUACGCCAUGGCUUCCUCCGCGGAGAGCUCCCCCGGGGAGUACGAGUGGGAGUACGACGAAGAGGAGGAGAAGAACCAGUUGGAGAUCGAGCGGCUGGAGGAGCAGGUGGGCCCGGGGGUGGACAGGGGGCUCCUUCCGUCGGGUGCCCAGGUCCCCGCCCGCCUCCCGGAUCCUCGAGGGUGCUCUUGUCUCAUAGAGCUCUGGCUGGAGUGGCUACAUGACGAGAUCAGCAUGGCCCUGGAUGGCCUGGACCGCGAGCACGUGUAUGACCUCUUUGAGAAAGCUGUGAAGGACUACAUUUGUCCUAACAUUUGGCUUGAGUAUGGCCAGUACUCAGUUGGUGGGAUUGGUCAGAAAGGUGGCCUUGAGAAAGUUCGCUCUGUGUUUGAAAGGGCUCUCUCGUCCGUCGGUUUACAUAUGACCAAAGGACUCGCCAUCUGGGAGGCUUACCGAGAGUUUGAAAGUGCGAUUGUGGAAGCUGCUCGGCUUGAGAAAGUCCACAGUCUCUUCCGGCGACAGCUGGCGAUCCCACUGUACGAUAUGGAGGCCACAUUUGCAGAGUAUGAAGAAUGGUCAGAAGACCCAAUACCAGAAUCGGUAAUUCAGAACUAUAACAAAGCACUACAGCAGUUGGAGAAAUAUAAACCCUAUGAAGAAGCACUGUUGCAAGCAGAGGCACCAAGGCUAGCAGAAUACCAAGCAUAUAUUGAGUUUGAGAUGAAAAUUGGCGAUCCCGCCCGCAUUCAGUUGAUCUUCGAGCGUGCCCUGGUUGAGAACUGCCUUGUCCCAGACUUGUGGAUCCGUUACAGUCAGUACCUAGACCGGCAGCUGAAAGUAAAGGAUUUGGUUUUAUCCGUACAUAACCGUGCUGUUAGAAACUGUCCCUGGACAGUUGCCCUAUGGAGUCGCUACCUCUUGGCCAUGGAGAGACAUGGAGUUGAUCAUCGAGUGAUUUCUGGAACCUUUGAGAAAGCUUUGAAUGCUGGCUUCAUCCAGGCCACUGAUUAUGUGGAGAUUUGGCAGGCGUACCUUGAUUAUCUGAGGAGAAGGGUUGAUUUCAAACAAGACUCCAGUAAAGAGCUUGAAGAAUUGAGGUCCACAUUCACUCGUGCUUUGGAGUAUCUGAAGCAGGAGGUUGAAGAGCGUUUCAAUGAGAGUGGAGAUCCAAGCUGCAUGAUCAUGCAAAACUGGGCUAGGAUCGAGGCUCGACUGUGCAAUAACAUGCAGAAAGCUCGAGAACUCUGGGAUAGCAUCAUGACCAAAGGAAACGCCAAGUAUGCCAACAUGUGGCUUGAGUAUUACAACCUGGAAAGGGCACAUGGUGACACCCAGCACUGCCGGAAGGCUCUGCACCGGGCCGUCCAGUGCACCAGUGACUACCCAGAGCAUGUCUGUGAAGUGUUGCUCACCAUGGAGAGGACAGAAGGUACUUUAGAAGAUUGGGAUAUAGCUGUUCAGAAAACUGAAACUCGUUUAGCUCGUGUGAAUGAGCAGAGAAUGAAGGCUGCAGAGAAGGAAGCAGCCCUUCUGCAGCAAGAAGAAGAAAAGGCUGAACAACGGAAGAAGGCCCGGGCUGAGAAGAAAGCAUUGAAAAAGAAGAAAAAGACCAGAGAUGCAGACAAAAGCAAAGCAGACGAGGACGAUGAGAAAGAGUGGGGCGAUGAUGAAGAAGAGCAGCCUGCAAAACGCAGAAGAAUGGAGAACAACAUCCCUCCAGCUGCAGAAGCACAAGACAUGGAAGUGGAAACAGGGCUCACUGGGAGAUGUGUUCCUGUGGAUGUUGACCCCCCACCCAAGCAGAAGGAGAAGGCAGCCUCCUUGAAGAGGGAUGUGCCCAAGGUGCCUCAUGACAGCAGUAAGGACAGCAUCACCGUCUUUGUCAGCAACCUGCCCUACAGCAUGGGGGAGCCAGAUGUCAAGCUCAGGCCUCUCUUUGAGACCUGUGGGGAGGUAGUCGAGAUCCGCCCCAUCUUCAGCAACCGUGGGGAUUUCCGAGGCUACUGCUACGUGGAGUUUAAAGAAGAGAAGUCGGCCCUCCAGGCCCUGGAGUUGGACCGCAAGAGUGUAGAAGGGAGGCCAAUGUUUGUUUCCCCCUGUGUGGAUAAGAGCAAAAACCCUGAUUUUAAGGUGUUCAGGUACAGCACUGCCCUGGAGAAACACAAGCUGUUCAUCUCGGGCCUGCCUUUCUCCUGCACUAAAGAGGAACUAGAAGAAAUUUGUAAGGCUCAUGGCACUGUGAAGGAUCUCAGGCUGGUCACUAACCGGGCUGGCAAACCAAAGGGUCUGGCCUAUGUGGAGUAUGAAAAUGAAUCCCAGGCAUCGCAGGCUGUAAUGAAGAUGGAUGGCAUGACUAUCAAAGAGAAUGUCAUCAAAGUGGCAAUCAGCAAUCCCCCUCAGAGGAAAGUUCCAGAGAAGUCAGAGACAAGGAAAGUACCAGGUGGCCCCAUGGUGCCACGACAGAUGUAUGGAGCGCGUGGGAAGGGACGCACCCAGCUCUCCCUGCUGCCUCGUGCCCUGCAGCGCCCGAGCACCGCAGCUUCUCAGGCCGAGAAUGGCCCGGCCCCACGUCCAGCGGUUGCUGCCUCAGCGGCCACCGAGGCACCCAAGAUGUCCAAUGCCGACUUUGCCAAGUUGCUUCUGCGAAAGUGAAUGAGACUGAGAGAGAUGGGAAAUGCCUUACUUGAUGCUGGCCUGGCAGACCACCCGCCACACGGUGGCACCCGGGUACGGAAGGGCGGUGUAGCGCCCACUCGCUACCACAGAUUUUCCUCCAGUUUAGACAGAACAGGAAAGGGGGUUUUACGUGGAGAGGCUUUCAGUGCUCCCUCAUAUUGAGGGCAAUAGGAGGAAAACAGUCACUCCACAGGUUGGGCCCCAGGUGUGAUGUCCUGAGAUGCUUUUGUGGCUUGAAGAGUGAGGAACAGGAGAAACUGGAACACACAGUUCUAGGGACCCAUUUGUCCAGAUGUUUUUGGCCAGCUCUGGCCCCUUUUUAUAAGACACUUCUGUUACACCUUGUACAGCACAUGUGCCCGUCACUCUUUUUAAUUUUUAAAAGACGAAAUGGCAGAUGCUAGUAAUUCACCAGAAUGGCCUAUUUAGUAAAGGGGUGGGGAUGGGGGAAGUCACAUAAAAAACAUUUGGUGAAUUUUUGUUCAAGGGGGCUGUGCAUUUUUAUAUUAUGUAUUUGUAAAUGACACGUCAACCUGUUUUAUGUUUUGUAAAAGCAUAAUAUUCACAUUUGUUUUAUAUAAGAAUUCUGUGUGCCACCUGCUGUGGACCAUUUUUUUUUGCCUAAUGACUAGUGAACUGUGUUCUUUGUUUAAACAUUUGAGUUUCAGCCCUUUGGUUUUGUUUAAAUACCAUGUCAACUGCAAACUUAAAUUCUCCCCAUUUAGCUUUGUUUAUUAAACUGAAGUUUUCUUGAAAACUUCUUGCCGAAUGGUACUCAGAUGUGCAUUCACAUAUGGUUGUAUUUUGAAAUGGGUGUACCUUGCUUUACCUAAUAGAUGUGUAAAUAGAACUUUUGUAAGUCAAA